AUGAACUCCUUCAUAUCAAUCUCCAUUUCCAUUUUCAUUCUCUCUCUUUAUGCUCUUUUCUUCCAUUGCACCAAUGCAGCCACAUUCGAUAUUCGUAACAAUUGUCCGUUCACAGUCUGGGCUGCUGCCGUACCCGGUGGUGGCAGACAGCUUGGCAGGGGCCAAACUUGGAGAAUUAAUGUUGCUGCGGGCACUACAGCAGCUCGAAUUUGGGCUCGAACAGGUUGCAGCUUCGAUGGGUCCGGUCGUGGUCGUUGUCAAACAGGGGACUGCAAUGGACUAUAUCAGUGUCAAGGCUAUGGUGCACCACCUAACACCCUAGCCGAAUACGCCCUCAACCAGUACAAUAACCUAGACUUCUUCGAUAUAUCUCUUGUUGACGGGUUCAACGUGCCAAUGGAAUUUAGUCCCACCUCCGGCAGGUGCAGCCGGGGAAUCCAUUGCGCCGCUGACAUCAAUAGUCAAUGCCCGAAUGAGUUGAGGGCGCCUGGUGGCUGCAACAACGCAUGCACCGUGUUCAAGAGCGACCAGUACUGUUGCAACUCAGGGAGCUGUUCAGAGACAUACUAUUCUAGGUUUUUUAAGGAUAGGUGCCGCGAUGCAUAUAGUUACCCUAAAGAUGAUCAAACCAGUACAUUUACUUGUCCAGGAGGAACCAAUUAUCGAGUGGUCUUUUGUCCUUGA